GCUUGGAUGUUUUGCCCUCAGUAGGAGUGGCCCAAAUGUUUCGACAUCACCUCACCCGGCGUGAACGACAGCGGCUCUGAGCUACAUGGUAUUUCGACUCGGCAGCUAACGUUGGGGGAUUUUCAUUUCCAAAGGAGGAGAUAUCAGCUUUUUUCUAAUUGGGGAGCCAGACUGUGCCAACAUGGCUCUUUAUGAAUAUGUCACUCAGGACCAGCUCGCGGGCUUCGACAAAUACAAGUACAGCGCAGUGGACUCGAACCCCCUGUCUGUCUACGUCAUGCACCCUUUCUGGAACUUUGUGGUGAAGUUUCUACCGACAUGGCUGGCUCCAAAUCUCAUCACAUUCACAGGCUUUAUGUUCCUUGUGUUAAACUUCCUUAUGUUGGCCUUUUACGACUUUGAUUUCAAUGCCUCAGCUGCAGGACAUGAACACGUGCCUAGUUGGGUCUGGGUUGCUGCAGGGAUUUUCAACUUCUUGGCCUAUACACUCGACGGUGUUGAUGGUAAACAGGCACGGCGCACCAACUCCUCCACGCCACUAGGGGAGCUGUUUGACCACGGGCUGGACAGCUGGGCCUGUAUCUUCUUCGUGGCCACCGUCUACUCCAUAUUUGGGCGCGGCGAGAGCGGCGUGGGUGUGGCCACGCUGUAUUACAUCCUCUGGGUGGUGCUUUUCUCCUUCAUCCUGUCCCACUGGGAAAAAUAUAACACCGGCAUCUUGUUUCUGCCCUGGGGAUACGACAUCAGUCAAGUGACCAUCUCCCUCGUUUACUUGGUCACUGCUGUGGUCGGCGUGGAAACGUGGUACCAGCCGGUCCUGUUGCACUUCCUUUAUAGAGACCUUUUCACCUUCAUGAUCAUCGCCUGUUCCUUCACUGUGACCUUACCCAUGAGCCUCUACAACGUCCUGAAGGCUCACCGCAGUAACACUCUGAAACACAGCAGCUUGUACGAAGCCUUCCUGCCUUUCCUUUCUCCCGUCCUCCUUUUUGUCUUGUCCACCAUUUGGGUGGUUUACUCUCCAUCUAACAUCCUCGAGCUGCAGCCCAGGAUCUUCUACCUCAUGGUGGGGACAGCCUUCGCUAACGUCACGUGUAAGCUGAUUGUGUGCCAGAUGAGUAACACACGUUGCCAGCCGCUGAGCUGGCUGUUGCUGCCUAUGACACCAGUGGUGUUGUUAGCUGUGACUGGGGUGGUCGCCAACGAGACACUAUUGCUGUAUCUGUGGACAGCCGCUGUCAUACUAGCGCACAUACACUACGGCGUAUCAGUGGUACAACAGCUCAGCAACCACUUCAACAUCUUCGCCUUCUCCCUGAAGAAGCCCAACAGUGACUGACAGGAGGAGGAACGAAUCGGCUUGAAAGGAGCGGAGGUUUAGGCUCCUCCCCUCCUCGGCUUACCGACACUUCACUCUCAUCACCACGGAAACCGCAUCCCCUACCCUCCAUCCAUGAGGAGGCUGCAAGUGGAACGGACUGUGGCCCUCUUUUCCGCUGUCCCCAACACAGACACACAACACACACUCGCACACACAUUCCCAACCAACCAAACCAACCAAACCAACUCUGGUCUCGGCGAUGGGGUGUGCCCAGGGGCUCUGGCUUCCGUCAUUGGUGAUUGGCUAACUUGGUUGAGCCAAUGAGGUGCAAUUGUUUCCUACGGAAAUGUGCUUCAGUCGCGAGGACAGGAGCCCAGACAAGCCAUGCAAACAUACACACACAAAUACUUACAGUACAUUACUCUGCUUUAAUGCAGAUACUUUAUAUCUUGUGGCAGGCAUUUCAAACACAGCCACACACACACAGACACACACAUAUGCACAGAUACACUCAGUUGCACUCACAUAGUAUUAUGAAUGUAUGAUAUGCCUUGGGGAAAUGCCAUGUAAGUUUUAUUAUAUUAACAAGAAUGCCUCAAGUAGUGUUGUUUCAAACCUGACUGAACCUCUCAGUUCUGGCCACAUGUGGUUCACACAUCCACAGCUGUGUCCAGAGUUUAAAGGUUCAGUCACCUUUUUUUUUAUCAUCAGAUGAUUUUCAGUUGGAAGUCACGGUGAUAAAUGUUAAUAGCUAUAUAUAUACUGUAUGUGUUAAGGGGCUUGGGGCAUUUUAUUUUCAAAUUGAAAUGAAUCUUUAAAAAAAAAAAAAAGAUAACUCCUGUAAAACAUUGUAUAAAAUCCCCUCUAAUUAAUUUCACAUUCUGUUCUGUGGUGACGAUUGUCAUGAGAAAACAGAGUCGGAUACUGACUAACCAGGGCAAGAAUUGACCAGGGUAACCUCUGACCUUUUGAACUCUCUAACCCUUCACUUUGACCUCUGUCUGAGCACUGGCCUCCCGGCUCUCCCUACCUUCUGAGGUGUCGUGUCUUCACGCUGAUUCGUUCAGUUUUUUUUUAAAGGUUUUUUUUUAUAUAUAUAUACAUAUAUAUACUUUUUUUUUUUUUUUUUCUGUUGCCAAGGCAAAGGUGUGUGGUUCAGUUGCGCAGCGCUUGAAUGAAGAGUGCAUCCAAAAGCCGUACACGGAGCGGACUCACUCUGAGGGAACAAGCCGUCGCACAGGACACCGCAAACACCACACCGCCGCCUGGCGCCGCACUCUCCUGCUCACACACAGAUAUUGUUAUCACACCUUUUAUACUGUCUGUUAUUUUAACUUGUGUGUCUAGUUGCUUUUUUGUUUUCAGUCUGUUAAACACUGUUCCUCUGUGUGAUUGAAGCUAUGUUUCCAUGGUGAAAGUGGAUAUACAGCAGCGGCUACUUGGUCUCUCAUCAAGCUUAUUUUCACUACAGGGCCAAGUAAGAGAAGACUGGGUUUAUUUACCAUCCGUUUUGCUUUUCAUUGCAAAAAAUUUUUUUCAUGUCACAAUACUGACAGUUUGUUAGUGUGGUUGUAAUUUGGAGAAUGUAUGUUCUUGUGUGUGUAACCAUUUCAAAUCCGUUUUGUCCUUGCUGUUGAAAAGUAAUUAGUCUCGUCUAUCUGCAAGGACUCUCCCCGGUUUCAUUCUCCUGCGUCUUUUGAAAUUGGAUGUAGGAAAAUGCUAAGAGUCUCAGCAACACUUUCACAGUCUCACUUUGCUCUCAGAAUUACAUCUGAACGAUCAAUCUAGAGCAAAGACUUAAGGGUUGAAGUGUUCCAUGAGUCUGUCCUCCUCUUCAUUGAUAUUUUAAACCUCAUUUUUUCAACCAGACCAGACAACAACAAAAAAAGUCCACAGAGUGUGGUAGGACUCUGGUUUACAUGUCAUCUCUCACUUUUACCUGUGAAAAAAAAAAAAAAUCAGGUGGACCCAGUCAGCCGUUAAACCACACGUUGAAUGUCUGGAUCUAAGUGUUUAUGAAAGAAAAAUGUUCAAAUUAACUAGAAUAAGGACUGUUGGGAAAGCCUUUUUACUAAGUUCAAUUAGGAGUUAAUGCCUUUCAGUUAUCUGUGUGAAUGUGAAGUCACUAAUCAUCUCAUUUAGGUUGUUCCAGGUAAAGGUGAGGUAGUACUUGGUGAUUAAAAGGUACGUAGGAAAUGUUUAGACACAUGGAGGAUGUGAAAUGUAAAAAAAAAAAUCUACUUGGAUCUUCAGCUUCAGUUUUGCUUAUGCAUUUUUACCAAUGCUCCGCAGUUGUCCAAGCGUUUUGUACAUAAACUGUUAUUGAGCAACUUGAAUAUUUAAACCGCAGGCGCAGCCUUGUACUGUAGUGUCCCCGCAGUACUAUUAAGACUGAGAGAUCCAACUCUACUGCCAUUAUACUCAGCAAAGUAGCCCAGCUUUGGUAUCCAGUAUGUCUGUGCUGCAAAUGGGGGGAAAGCUUGUAUGCUGUUAUAAGCACACUAUCAUAGGUAAACUGAAAGCCACCCCCCGCCCCCCCACAUCUGUGACUUUGGAGACUGUAGAUUGUAGUGAAGUGACAAGAACUGUGACUGAGAUUUCACCACCAAAAUGGUGAACUGUAUAUGCACUGUCUGGGUAUGUUCAGAUCCAUGUGUACAUGUCUGUUAAUGUAUGGGUGUAUACUCUGUAUGUGUGGAUAUCUGUGUAAAUACAUAUAUUAUUUCUCCAUUUUUAUUUUUUAAAACUACACAUGGCAUUGUCAUCCGGUUGGCCGAUUUCUCCAAACAUGGUGCAGGUGAACUGGUAGACCAGGGAGUGAUGCCUACUGUCCAGGUAGCAGCUGUUAGAUCUGCCAGCACAGUUUUUAUGAACAGUUGUUGCUGCCGCUCUAACUGGCUCGAUCGGACCGUGCUCCAGAUCUUUUUCUCUGGGAUAGUUUGGAGAGGGGAUGAGCUCCGGGUGUGAAGACCUCCACCCUGGGCUGCAGACACUACAAACAAUGCUAAACGCAAAGAGGGAUUUCAUACAUUAACAGAAAAAAUAAUGUCAGCCGGCUGAGAAAAUAAGUGUGCCAUUUAAAGAAACAUAAAAAUCAGGAACAAACCUUAAAGCAAGUCAGACUUCUCUCAUCCAGCUGGCACAUGAAUUCCUUUCUUUGGAAUAAAAUAAUUUUCAAUGCUAAUUUCUCUGGGCAUUUUUUGUAGUGUGUUCCUCUGCUUCACUCACCACUUUCUAGGAAAAAAAAAAACAGUCUUAAUCCCCCCUGGAUCAAUGAACUGAGUUGUUCAAACUGUGACUAAGUUGUUGUACAAUGCUGCCCUGGCACACACUCCAGGGCGUCGGUGUGGCUACUUGUGAUGUUGUAUUUAACCAGUGAAAGAAAGGACUGUCCAGAAACAAAUAAAAGUGAAUUUUUCUUUAACCA